GAAUGGACAAGAACGCGCUAUAAUCGCAGUUCGCACUCUAUGGAUCCCACAUUAGUGGUGUUAAAGCAUUUGUUUACUUCAGAUUCCUCCGUAAACAGCGGCGUCAAAGUGCUUCGUCGGCCAUUCGCACAGCAUCGCUUAGUUGUACUUUUAUUUAACUUUAGCGAAAGUAUAACCACCUACAAAAAAAAAAAAUAUAAUAAAAUAGCAGAAAAGCAAACGGAAGAGAACGAGAGCAAACACGGGAAAGUGGAAACCUUCAAAGUUGUGCGUAUAUGUCCCACAAAACUACAUACGCUUCUGCAUCCAUGAGGCCACUAGGAUAAGUGCCAACCAACAAAAGGCAGAGCAAACCCGCCAGACAGAUAGACAGUGGCUCAGUGUUUUGCAAAUAAAUCAAAGUCAAAUUUGCCAAGGAAAACUUUUAGUGCUCGCAUUUAUUUGGGCCAACUUUCUGGAGGAUUGUAUUCCGCUCCCCAUUUAUUUUGCAAACGAGUCGAGAGCUUGAAGGAUAUCCGACCAACCCAACGACCCGAGGCAAUCAUGUGUUGUUUAUUUCGCCUACUUUGUCAACAUCAUCAGCUAGGAAGAAAGUUCGCAUAUUGCAACCGAUGUUCAGCUGCUGUUGCAAAACUUUGUCUAUUUUUCGGUGUACUCCUGCUGAAUUUAUCACCCGCCUCGCUCCAAGAGAUUGCCAGGGAAAGUUAUUUGUCAGAGUUGCGCAUGCAGGAGCUGCAUAAUAUUGCCAUACGUUUGGAGCACUCCAUAGACGCAGAUAAAAAUCCCUGCGAGAGUUAUUUCGAUUAUGUUUGCGGCCGCAAUCGUCCGUUGUUUUCCAUAAUGGGCCAUCUUCCCGAGAACCCCGAAUUGAUACAGCUACUGACGGAAUUACAAGAGGAUCCAGAACAAUUUGAAGCAAAACAAAAAUUAAUGGACUUUUUUAUAUCCUGCAAUUCACGCAAGUCCCUAGACGAUUGCUAUCGUGAAACAUUUGAAUAUUUUAAGCCACUUUUCGGUUAUAUAAUUAGCAAAAACUAUUUCGACAAGUCAAGGGAUGAACUAAACACUUUUCUGAUAAUACUCAGAGACUUUAUUAAACAAGCGGAUGUUCCAAAUCAGAGAUACAGAUAUCAACCAAUUAUCGACAGAUUGAACACAUUAAAGAGCAGCUUUAAUUAUCCCCAAACAUACUUUAGAUCUGCGGAGCUGACCAAAGAAUACAAGCCACUAAAAAUCUAUCGAGAAAGUUAUCAGCAUAAUGAAAAAAAUCUAGAUGUGUUCCUCAGGCGCAAUUCCACCUUUGCUCAAGGUACCCAUAAAAUCGCUCUGGACUGGGCUUUGUAUCUUUAUCAGAGUCGCCAUAAACCCAUGGCUUACUAUUAUGCCACCCUCAGCCCUCAUUUGUGGAUGUCUAUAUACAAUCGGUCAGAGGUGCGCGAAUAUGAACCCCAACGUAUUGUGCAGAUCAGCGAAUGUCUUAAAUUGCCUCAAUUCGUAAAUGUCUUGGAAGAGGCGCGCAAUAUGACUAUCAUAUAUAUUAAAAGUUUUAAGAGCGCCUGGACAGAUUAUAGCAAUUGGCUUUCCACAUCUUCACAAAAUAAAAUCAUUAAUUCUCAAGAAAACAAUAUUCUACGGCAGUACAAGUUAGAUAACGAGAAACUCUUCUUUACAUUGUUUGGCCAAAACUUUUGUGAAUUUGGCCGGGAUUUGGCUGAGAGUGUAUUUUUCGUUGGUAUGACCCAUAACAUGCAUUUUACCAACGCAUAUGCCUGCGCUUAUCGCACCGAAAGAAACUAUGAGUGUGUUUAAAUUUAUUUGUAGAUAAACAUUUGAAAAUAAAAAUUUAAAAAUAAAAAAUGAGGAGUGAAAAAAAAGGUUUGGUUCUUAAAAAUCGAUUUUUACAAUAAUAAAUUAUAAAAUAUUUAGAAAUUGUGAAAA